UCUCUUCUUCAACAAUUUUCCAACCCUCUUCUCUAUACUCACUUCAGUUGCUAACUAUCCAUUUUAGGAAAUAUUCCCUUCUUUCUUUAGUUAGCUAGUUAGGGUGUUUUACUUAUAAGUCCGAUUUGUGACACAAGGAUGAAUCUAUCUGUGAAUGGUCAAUCACAAGUGCCUCCGGGCUUUCGUUUCCAUCCAACUGAGGAAGAGCUUCUUCACUAUUACUUGAGGAAGAAGAUUACUAACGUUAGGAUAGACCUUGAUGUAAUCCGCGAAGUUGAUCUCAACAAGCUCGAACCAUGGGACAUUCAAGAGAAGUGCAAAAUAGGAUCAACGCCACAAAAUGAUUGGUACUUCUUCAGUCACAAGGACAAGAAAUAUCCGACGGGGACUCGCACAAAUCGUGCCACUGCUGCAGGGUUUUGGAAGGCUACAGGUCGGGACAAAGUAAUAUACGGCAAUUGCAAGAGAAUAGGAAUGAGAAAAACCUUAGUCUUCUAUAAAGGACGUGCCCCUCAUGGUCUGAAAUUAGAUUGGAUUAUGCAUGAGUAUCGCCUCGACGACAAUACCACCCCCAACGAAGCCGUCAACUUUUGUGCCUCCGAAUCAGCUGCUCAGGAAGAGGGCUGGGUAGUCUGCCGUGUUUUCAAGAAGAAGAAUUACAAUAAGGCUCUUGAAAUUCCUCAAAGCUCAUCUGUUGUCUCAAACACAGAUGGCGUACUUGAUCAAAUACUCACGUACAUGGGAAGGUCAUGCAAACAACAACAUAAUCAAACCCAACACAUAAGCAAUAUCCUGCAGUUCAACAACAAUGAAAACAUUGAAUUUGAUACUAAUAUGCUACAAAUCAGCAGCACUGGAAUUGGUGAGGGCAGUUUCUUACACCUUCCAGAGCUGGAGAUUCGUCAUCCUACGACAAACAUGGAACAAAUAAUACAUCAAGAUUGCAGCUUUGAUGAGAUCAUGUCAUCAACAGAAACUAAUCAACAUUAUUCUUGCAUGAGUAAUUACCACGAGGACCGCGAUAAAAAAGCCGACUGGGUAGCCCAACUUAAUGGCCAUCUCCAAACAUCAAGCAACAACUUAUACUUAACUCAGUGUUAUGAGUCACAUGAGCUAGCACAGAAUGAUGAUGAUGUUGAUGUUGAAUUUUUAACCUAUGCACAAUCAUCACCAUUAAACAACUUGUUGGUAUAAAUCAAAUUAUAUACUACACCAAACUUAGAUAAACUAAUAUAUAUUACUACUAUAUAUAUCCAGUUAGAAGUAUGUAUGCGCGUAGUUCAAGGUGUCCAGAUAAUAGCACCUAUUUUGAGUGAGAUAACGAUACUACUUUUUCCUUUAUAUUCUAAUUAAUUAUGAGCCGUUCAUAUUUUCUUUGAAAGGGAAUAGUCAACUGGAUUAUCUUUUCCUAAUAACGUUGUCCCCUGUUUGAUCA